AUCAUAUCAUACAUCUAGUUGUUUGAAGCGUCAAUUGUCUAGUUGCCCAACCCACUGUCAACCCUCUGAGUCACUUUAUCUCGAGUCCUGAAUUACAGAUCUUCCAUCACGAAACCUGGCCGGUGCGAUUGCUGAAAAGACACGGGCACGAGCUCCACGGACCUGCUCAAAGCUGUCCGACUCGCAAAGCUGCAUCAAGAUGGCUCCAGUCGCUCUCUACAACGCUGAUCCUUCGCAGUUCUCUUCGGAUGAUCUGGAGGGCUUGCUGUCCCAGAUUCGCUCCACGUCCUACAUUGAUGAGGUUACCUCUGGAGAGACAUCGGCCGAAGAUUCUGGACUUUGGGAAGUGGUUCUCGUCCUUCCUUCGGAGCUGCUUAUCGCCGGCAAAGAUGGCUUCAAAUUCGAAGCUGAUGGCAGUCUAAACGACACUUCUAUUCAAAAGAUUGCCGCGUAUAUUCGCGAUGAGGUGGCGAAAACGUCAUCAAGCGUUGAGAAAACGGGCGAAUCGCAGUGGAGUGCAGCGGCGGUCGUCAUCGCGGAUCAACGGACAAAAAAGGAUGGGAGCUUGCUACUGGUUGAGAUUGACCAUCUCAAGAAAGCUGGAGUGGUGAUGGACAAGGUACGAGUGGUUCCGAGAAGUGUUAUUGAAAUCGCCUGCAACGUCGAGGUUGCAAACAUGAGCCUUUCCGAAUUCAAGAGCAUGUCCCACGACGCAGAUGUAUUCGACUCCGGGCACUAAUUUUCUCUGACGGAUAAUCAAAAACUCGGCAUUCAUGAUAUACCACUUAGACAAAGCGCAUGGAGUCUGCAUCGGUCUACGUUAACGUCUAGUGAAGGCGCGCCAUAGCUAAUUACGGUAGCCACUUGAAACUACUCGUAGCCUCUAUGGAAAGUGAUGCUGGACAAGGCAUUAUAUGCUUUGCGCACCUCUCAACCUCUUGUCUGGUGUGAGCAGAAUGUUCAAUGAGCUGACAACAUAGGCAUGCAUUUUUAAUAGAAGUAGCUUCGAUGUAGAACAACCUCCACGCAUUGGUACCUCGAAGG